GCUUUAACGAUGCACUAGCGACAUAUCAUACAACAGGUUUGUCUUGUUGGACUAGGAACAAUGUGUUCAGGUCACAGAAACCUGACAGCUCAACAGAGAGAGACACUCUGCCCUUAAACUCUGAAGAAAGAUGACCAUCUUUUUCAGUAAAGCUUUGUACCUGGUAAUUCUAGCUGCUCUUGGAUUUACCGGCUUGGUAAUGACCUUCUAUUUUUAUUUCAAGUCAUCUCCUUUUUGUCCAUCUACAUCUACAUUAGUUGAUGAAAAAACAGAUGAAGCCACAGAGUCUGCUGAGAAGCCCAUAGUCCUGCUGUGGUUCUGGCCUCUUGGUGUGAGGUUUGAUUUGCAAAUGUGCCCAAGCCACUUCAAUAUUGACAGCUGCAUACUGACUGAUGACAGAUCCACGUACAGCAAAGCAGAAGGAGUCAUUUUCUACCACAAAGAAAUAUCCUGGAGUUUGGACAACCUGCCUCAGGGUCCUCGUCCAACUUUUCAGAAGUGGAUUUGGUACAAUGUGGAAUCUCCCACAAACACAGCAAGGAAACCGGGUUUAGAUAACCUGUUCAACUUAACACUGAGCUACAGACGAGAUUCUGGCAUUGUGGUAAGGAAUGAGGUGACGAUCAAGAAACCAGAGUUGAAGGACGACUUAGUUCUGCCAAAGAAAGACAAACUGGUGUGUUGGAUUGUCAGUAACACUGACCCAUCUACUGGAACAAAUGUGAGAGAAAAAUAUUACCGCGAACUGUCCCAACACAUGAAGAUCAACGUCUUUGGUGCUUUUACAGGGCAAAAGUUAAAAUAUGAAGACUAUUACUCAACCCUAGGUAGUUGUAAGUUUUACCUCUCAUUUGAGAACUCGCUCCACAAAGACUACUUCGUAGAGAAGGUGAACGGGCCCCUCGUAGCAGGGGCGGUCCCUGUGGUUAUGGGUCCACCUAGAGAAAACUACGAGCAGUUCCUUCCCAAUGGCUCCUUCAUUCACGUUGAUGAUUUCCCUGAUGCAAAAUCACUCGCAGAGUUUCUGCAACACCUGGAAAAGGACGAUGAAGCGUACAUGAGUUACUUUGAGUGGAGAAAGUACUACAAAGUCACUCCUCAUCUUUUGUCAACGAAGAAUGAAUUCAUUCAUCCCAUCUGCCUCGCCUGUGACCACAUAUCAAGAGACAAAGGUUACCAUGUUGUUAAUGACCUUUAUGAAUGGUUUUUUACAUGAAACAGUGGCUAUUAGAAAAAAAAACUUCACCUCUGUGUUCUGUUGCGUCUGAUUGAACAGAUGAGGGAAUUUUACCAUUUGGUUUUUUGAUGUGAUUGUUUUGAUUAAUUAAAUAUUUAUCAGUUUCAGUUGAUGUGAAUAAGUGAAUUUUUGGGUACAACUUUAGCAUAUGAAAGAAAAUUAUAGCUAUGUUGUUUUACAGAAAAAUUCCAAUAUCCAUUGGAAACUGGGCUUUCAUAUGCCGGUUGUUUAUGUAUUGCCCAGAUAAUCCAUUUGCUUAGAUUUUUCUGUCAUGUCAUGCUUUCUUUUAGUGUUUCUUCCAUAUUCAACAGGGAUAUUUAUACAAAUCAGCAUAGCUGUUCAUGAACAAUAAACAGUGUGUGAGGGA